AUGUCUGAUUCUAGUCUUGUGGCCUUUUCAGAUGCUGGUUGGAUCUCUGAUCCUGAUGAUAGUCACUCCCAACAUGGCUUUGCACUAUUCUAUGGAGGUAACUUAAUCAGUUGGUCUUCGCGAAAACAAAAGGUUGUCGCCCGCUCAAGUACUGAAGUUGAGUAUCGUGCUUUAGCCUUUGCAACUACUGAAUUAAUAUGGGUCCAACAACUUAUCAGUGAACUACAUUCUCCACUCACUGCACCUCCCACAGUCCUUUGUGAUAAUCUUAGUGCACAAUUCUUAUCUCAGAAUCCUGUCAUCCAUCAACGAUCAAAGCAUAUUCGUCUUGAUUAUCACUUUAUCCGAGAGAUGGUUGAAGAUCAAUCUUUAGUGGUUCGCUAUGUUUUAUCUCAAAAUCAGAUUGCAGAUAUCUUUACCAAAGUUGUUGGCACAAGUCGAAAUGGGGCUAAAGUAUCCGAAAGAAGAUUGCGAUUUGCGACAGAUUUUGAAGAAAUGAGGCUAAGCUUCAUUCGACCCAUUUCAUGUUGCUCUGUUUCAUCUCCAGCUACCUCACUGAAACUUCAAAAACCGCUAUUUUUAAGGCCACCCACCUUCAAAACAACCAUAUCAGACCUCAAAAAAUGGCACCUUUGGGCUAAAUCCCUAACUUCUUCUGUGGGUUCCACUUUCUUGGAACUGGACAAUGGUCCAGACUCCGAAUUGUUGCUCAGAGAGCUAAAUUGGCUUGUUGAAGAUGCAAUUCAAACACCCAAAUCGUUCUUGCAACAACCCCAAAAAAAUUACAAUGAUAAUAGCUCUGUUUCAAUUCGGGCGUCUUUGGAAGAACUUUAUAUGUUGUGGAAACAAAGGGUAGAAGAAAGAAGGCCAUUUCAGUAUGUGGUUGGUUGUGAACAUUGGAGGGAUUUGGUUUUGAGUGUUCAAGAAGGGGUUUUGAUUCCAAGGCCAGAGACUGAGCUGAUUGUGGACCUUGUGGAUGAUGCUAUUAAGGAGAAUGAGGAGUUGAGGGAAGGAUUGUGGGCUGAUUUGGGGACUGGAAGUGGUGCACUUGCUAUUGGGAUUGCAAGGAUUUUGGGUAGUUCUGGUAGAGUUGUGGCUACUGAUUUAAGCCCCGUUGCUACUGCAGUUGCAUCUUAUAAUGUGCAGAGGUAUGAAUUGGAGGGAAAAGUGCAUGUAAAGCAAGGAUCUUGGUUUGAGCCUUUGAGAGAUGAUGAAGGACAAUUUGUGGGACUGGUCAGUAAUCCACCGUAUAUUCCAAGCAAAGAUAUUGGUGGACUACAAGCUGAAGUUGGUAGACAUGAACCUAGACUAGCGUUAGACGGUGGAGCAAGUGGUAUGAAUGACCUUAUCCAUCUCUGUGAUGGAGCUGUUUCAAUGUUGAAACCUGGCGGUUUCUUUGCAUUUGAGACAAAUGGUGAUGAACAGAGCAAAUUCCUAGUCCACUACAUUGAGACUAAGAAGCAAGGUAACUUCUCUAAAGUGAAGAUGGUACCAGAUUCUGCUGGCAUCCAGAGAUUUAUAACAGGAUUUAGAGGAAGAUGAACUGUGACGUUAGCCAAAGAAAUUAUACGAGGGAACGAAUGUGGAAGAGCCAAGGGUUUGGAGGCUACAGAUUCUGUUCUCUUGGGUUUGAACAAUUCAGUUUUGAUCUUUGGACUUAUAUUAUCUCAGAUUGUCUCUGAUCUUGUGCAAAGAAUUUUUUACAGUCUCUAGUAGGCAAACUUCAGUGUACUCUGAACAAAGUGAUUAAAGGCUAGUGCAAGUUUGAAAACAAAAGAAAAACUAUUAAACUCUUUGCAAUUUAUGAAAUUAGG